UUAUUGUGUUUAUCAAUAGGAAGGGCAUAUCUGGCGAGCAUUGGACACAAUGGCGUCAAACACCUCAUACCAGGCUUGUGGCCAAAUGGACAGCAAUUGUGACGAUAGCCACACAAUAGGCGUCGAGCGGACAGAGCGAAGGGAAGGGACGGCACAACAGAGCCUAAUAUCUCCGUCGUCGACAAUAGCCGAGCAGAUGGAGUGUCACAUCCCAGCCCUACCCUCGCAGCACAUGUAUCAUAGAUGUGCCACACGUUCGCGAAUAGCUUUAGGACUGAUUUGUGCCGUUUUGCUCACAUUCGUUAUCUUUGCCAUAACUGCUGCCAGAGCUAAGUCUGGCCUUAAAUACGGAUCCAAUGGAUUACAUCACACGGAGGGCCAGCAAUGGAUGGCCGAACAGGCGCUCGGAUUAAGUCAGGAAUCAGUAGUCGUCGACACUGUUUGCGGAAAAUUAAUUGGAGACGAAGAACACGAAGCCUUUGUUUUCAAAAAUUGCAGGCAUACCAUAUGCUGUCCCUCCAACAGGCGCGAGGCGAUGGUCAACCCAUACACCAAACAAAUUGAGGGCAAAGAGGACUGUCUGUACCUCAAUGUGUGGACACCUAAUAUCGAUCCAGAGGCCAACUCACAAGUGAUGGUUUGGAUUCACGGAGGUUUCCUACAGUUCGGGUCGGGACACCAGCCCGGGCUCCGACCCAAUGGGAAAUUAGCCAAAAGUACUGAUACCGUAUAUGUGAGCCUUAAUUACAGGCUCUAUGCGUUUGGAUUCAUGCCUUUGGAUAUAUUGAUAAAUAGCGGCAAUAAUGGCACUAAAGAUAAUAACAAUGAAAAUGUGAACAAUUCAACGAAUUUCGGUUUAAUGGAUGUGGUGUUAGCCCUACAGUGGAUACAAAUCAAUAUCAAGGCAUUCGGUGGCGAUCCCACGAAAGUCACUCUAUUUGGUGCCGAUUCUGGCGCUGCACUCAUUUUAGCCAUCAUUUCCAACAAUGAUUUCAAGCAUUUAUACAGCAAUUCAUGGCUUAUAGAUCCGGCGCUAUAUCUGAACCAUUCGUUUCUCGACGCUGACAAACAUAACAGAAAAAAUUUCCUCAAAUAUUCCGGAUGUUCAUCCAUAGAUCCAGUGUUAAUUGGGUCGACAGCCCAAGCGAUAGAGUUUUGGCCAGGACCCAGGGAUCUGGACACUUGGCAGUGGAGGGAUUACACCAAAUACGUGACCACAAGUCUGGACUCAUUCAGCGCUCAAAUAUCGCGAAAAUCGUUGCAAUUAUAUGCGCCCAUAGAUGAUGGCAAUGAGACAACGCCUGCCAUUCAGUACAUAGAUAUGGUGUCAGAUCUACGCCAGGUCUGUCCCACCGACUAUUUGGCACAGAGUUUGGCACAAAACUCCAAUAACUCAUCGAUAUAUCGAUACAUCUUUAGCGCUAGACUUUCAGAAGCCGUGAGUUUCUAUUGUUAA